AUGGACGAGAGGCAGGAGGGAGGUGGUGGACAGGGGGAGAAGAGAGGGAGGUUUGGUCGACAGGAGAGAGAGAGAGGGAGGGAGGGGUGGGGGAAGAGGAGAGAGAGAGGGAAGGGUUUGGGGGGACAUGGAGAAGAGAGAGGGGUUUGGGCGGACAGAGAAGAGGACCCACAGGGAGAGAGAGAGAGGGAGGUUGGUGACAGGGAGGAGAGAGGAGGGUGGGGCAUGGAGAGAUACGGGAGAGGUUGGUGGACAAGGAAGAGAAGGGGGAGGUUGGUACAGGUGAGAGAGGGGGGAGGUUGUGGACGGAGAGGAGAGAGGGGGUAGGUUGGUGGAACAGGGAGAGAGAGAGAGCGAGGUUUGGUGGACCCGGAUGAGUAGAGAGCGAGGUUGGUGGCCAGGGAGAGAGAGGGGGGGGUUGGUGACGAGGGAGAUGAGAGAGCGAGGUUUGGUGGACAGGGAGAGAGAGAGAGAGUGUAGAGAGAGAGAGAGAGUUGAGUGCAUACAUAGAUAGAGAUAUGUCGAUAUCUAAGUAUUGAUUAGACGGUUGGGAUUUGGUUGUACCAUUAUGAUAGAGAGAGGUUUGUUGACAGGGAGAGAAAAGCGAGGUAUUUUGUCAUUUUCAGGAGAUAGAGAAAUUUACACUGCCACCUACGUCUGUGGUUCGGCUCUGACCUGUCGUUGCGUGUCUGUCUCUCUGUCGGGUCUGUCUGUCUGUCUGGUGCCCAGCAAGAAGUGUGGGUUGCAACAAGACAGUUGGACAAAAGAAAAGGGGACCCAUAGCAUGAAAGUGGGGGGAGUGCCAUUUGCUUUUGAUUGGCUCCUUUGCCAGCUUGGAGCGCAUGAAACCUGGGUGUGGCCGACCCGGCCAGGGAGGUAUGUCGAACCAUGAGGUUGCCUCACUCCCCCUCUACCGGGUAGGGACUUCUCCUCGCUCUCUUCUCCAUCUCUCUCUCUCACCCGCCAUACUUAUCUCUUCCUUCCGUCUGGGGGUUCGUCUAAAUGGUGGUGGGCUCAACCAUAGGACAAGAGUUCAUGGGAGGGUCUUCGAAGGAUGCUCUGGCCUGCUUCUGUUUUCACCUUUUAAUCUUACGUUGCUUAGGUUCAGGCCUUGUGGCUCUUCUUGUUGUGAAUACUUCAGAGCUUUGUGGGUUGUCCCGUGUCAUAUAUCGAAAAAGCUGGCUGUUGGUGUGUGGUGCUUGUUUUUUUGUUCUGUUGUGUUGUGUUGUGUUGGUGUGUUGUUGUGUGGUUUGGGGUGGUUUUGUUCUGUGGAUUGUGUUUGCUUCGUGAUAUUGUGUGUGCUUAACAAUCGGUGGAAUUGUUAUUUGCAGUUUGGAAAGGUUGCCAGGGGGAAGGGAAAAGGGGGGGGCCCCGGGGGGGUUUUUUUUUGAAAAGGGGGGGGGAAUUUUUUUUUUUAUUUUUUUCCUUUCCUUCUCUUUUUGGGCUUUUGUCCCCCUUUUUUUUCCCUUUUUUCCCGGGUUUUUCCCCCCCCGCUUUUUUUUUCCCUUUUUUUUUCCCCCCCUUUUUUUUCCUCCCCCCCCCGUCCCUUUUAAAAUUGGGGGGGUUUUUUUUUGUUUUUUAAAGGGGGUUUUUUUUUCCCCUUUCCCCCCCCCUUUUUUCUUCCCUUUUUUUCCCUUUUUUCUUCCCCUUCCUCCCCCUUUUUUUCCCCCCCCCCUCUUCCCCUUUUUCCCCCCCCUUUUUCCCCCCCAAAAGGGGGGUUCCUUUUUCCCCGGGGUUCAAAGAAAAGGGGGUGUUUUUUAAAAAUUUUUAAGGUCCCCCUUUUCCUUUUUGGGUUUUGGGGGGGGGUUCGGCUUUUGGCCUUUGGGGGUUGUUGCCCCCAAAAUUCCCCCCCCGGGGGGUUUCCCUCUCCCCUUCCCCCCCUUUAAAAAUUUUUUUUUUGGGGGGGGUUUUUUUUUUUUGGCUUUUGGGGUUUUUUGGGGGUUUUGGGGGGUCUGUUCGUUUUUUUCCCACACGGUUCAAGGGGAAAUUUUUUAAAUUUUUCUUUGGUUGGAGAAUAUUGGUGGACCCCCCGACCCCCUUUUUUCGGUUUUUCUUUUUUAAGGUUAUCCUGCCCUACCUUACGUUUUGUUGAGUCAGUGCUGUUGUGACGAGUCAGUUUUUUUUCAUUUUGUCAGAUCUAUACACUGCCCCCCUUACCCUCCUCCAUGUGUCUGUCUGUCUGCCUUCCUAGCAUUCUGUCUGUCGGUACUGUCUGUCUGUCACGUCUGUCUGUCUGUCGCUCAGCCAAGCAUUCACGCCUGCCAUUUAAGUUUGUUCUGCCUCUUUGCACACAACUUGGAAAAUAAUCCGAUCAACAGGCCAGGACCCGAUCAGCCAAUGAAAAGGUGGAAGUGCCAUUUUAAGCAUUUUGAUUGGCUCCUUUGGCACGAAGCAUGUGGAAGCGACAUGAAACCUGGGUGUGGCCAGAGCACGGGCUCAGUGUACUGCUCCAAUGUCUGAAGCCCUACUGUAGUCAGUCUGCCUCACCUCUCCCCUCUAGCCUUGGAGGACCUCUCUCUCUCUCUCUCUCUCUCUCUCUCUCUCUCUCUCUCACGCCAGUCAGAUAGAUCUAUCUACAGUACGUCCGUCUGUCUGUCUAUCAACAAUGGUGGUCCCUGGCUCUCAACACAUAGAGGACAAGAUGUAUCAUCCUCCGGAGGGUCUUCGGAAGGAUGCUCAUGUGCCUGACUUCAACUGUUAUCUGGAACUUUACAGGAAGUCUAUUGAGGAGCCGGAGGGUAGGUUACGAAGGCCUUGUGGCAUGUGUGCUUGUUGCUUGCAGAAUAACUGAAGCUUUGUGUUGGUAUGUCCUGUGCUCAUGACUCAUCUGCAAAAAGCUUGGCUGUGUGUGUUUUUGUGUGUGUGUGUGUGUGUGUGUGUGUGUGUGUGUGUGUGUGUGUGUGUGUGUGUGUGUGUGUGUGUGUGCGUGUGUGUGUGUGUGCUCUAAACAAAAUCUGUGUGCAAUUUGUUAUUUGCAGUUUUCUGGAAAGAGGUUGCUAGUGACUUCUAUUGGAAGAAGCCUCCGACGGGACACAUUCUGCAGUAUAACUUUGAUGUAACCAAAGGGAAUAUCUAUGUCAAAUGCAUGGAGGGGGCCAAAACCAACAUGUGUUACAACGUCCUGGACAGGAACGUGAAGGACAAGAACCUUGGUGAACAAGUGGCAUUCUUCUGGUAAGACAAAACAACACUUAUUGUUAUAUAUCACUCUUAUCUUGGUCAUUAUUGUAAAAGACAAUGUGUUCUCAAUGACUUUAUACUCAGUGAAAAAAGAAUGCAGCUCACCAAUGAGUCACUGUUUGUAGCACAGCUAUGAGAAGCAUCCCAGCCAAUGGGCUGUCCCCUGUACUAUAUAGCCCUCUAACAGCGCCCCGAUACGAGGGAGCAAGCCCUGUAUAUGCCCCGAUACGAGGGAGCAAGCCCUGUAUAUGCCCCGAUACGAGGGAGCAAGCCCUGUAUAUGCCCCGAUACGAGGGAGCAAGCCCUGUAUAUGCCCCGAUACGAGGGAGCAAGCCCUGUAUACGCCCCGAUACGAGGGAGCAAGCCCUGUAUAUGCCCCGAUACGAGGGAGCAAGCCCUGUAUAUGCCCCGAUACGAGGGAGCAAGCCCUGUAUAUGCCAUUUAGCAGGUGCUUUUAUCCAAACCGACUUACGGUCAUGCAUACAUUUUAUGUAUGGUUGGUCCCGGGAAUCAAACCCACUACCCUGGCAUUACAAGCACCGUGCUCUACCAACUGAGCUACGAAGGACCGAGCCCUCUCUAUUCAAACUACGAAGGACCGAGCAGUUUCUUUAGCGAUACCCUAGCUUGCCAAAGUGGGUUCUGUGUGUGUUGAAGGUUUUAAUUGUUUACUUUGUCAACCUGUGAGGAAAUACCUGUUUCUGAGGUGGGGAAGUUCAUAUUGAGACAGACUGGAAACUAACACUCAAUACCUUGAGGGUUUCAGAAGAUGAAGGUGUUUGAUCUUUGAACAAUGCUAAGUCUGACGUGUACACUGAGUGUACAAAACAUUAGGAACACCUUCCCAAUAUUGACUUGCACCCCCCCAUUUUGCCCUCAGAACAGCUUCGUCGGGGCAUCGGACUCUACAAGGUGUCGAAAGCGUUCCACAGGGGACUGCUGGCCCAUGUUGACUCCAGUGCUUCCCACAGUUGUGUCAAGUUGGCUGGAUGUCCUCUGGGUGGUGGACCAUUCUUUGAUACACACGGGAAACUGUUGAGCGUGAAAAACCCAGCAGCGUUGCAGUUCUUGACACACUCAAAUCGGUACCACAAAUCAUUUCCUCCUCCAUUGAUGGUUAAUUGAAGCAGGAAGUGGUCUAGCACCACCCACAGAGUGAGAUAUAAAUACUGUAAACUCUUCAAAGGACACUAUUUGUUUUCACACAACGACGGCUCUCUCAGUCACUCUCUCAGUCACUCUCUCAGUCACUCUCUCAGUCACACUCAGUAACACACACACACACACACACACACACACACACACACACACACACACACACACACACACACACACACACACACACACACACACACACACUUGGCUUGUCUACCUGCAGUGUUGGAGGUGGUUUUGGCAGAAAGUGAAGAACUACAUUAUUCUGAUCCUGUGGUUAGAUAUUAACUGAAAGAAGCACAUUAUUCUGAUUCUGUGGUUAGAUAUUAACUGAAAGAACCACAUUAUUCUGAUCCUGUGGUUAGAUAUUAACUGAAAGAACCACAUUAUUCCGAUCCUGUGGUUAGAAAUUAACUGAAAGAACCACAUUAUUCUGAUCCUGUGGUUAGAUAUUAACUGAAAGAACCACCCUAUUCUGAUCCUGUGGUUAGAUAUUAACUGAAAGAACCACAUUAUUAUGAUCCUGUGGUUAGAAAUUAACUGAAAGAACCACAUUAUUCUGAUCCUGUGGUUAGAUAUUAACUGAAAGAACCACAUUAUUCUGAUUCUGUGGUUAGAUAUUAACUGAAAGAACCACAUUAUUCUGAUCCUGUGGUUAGAUAUUAACUGAAAUAUCCACAUUAUUCUGCUCCUAUGGAUAGGUAGCACAGAACUUUCACAUAAACAUUACUCACAGUGACAAAAGGGUUUAAUUUAUGAUUGCAAGAACCUAGAGAGAAUGGUGCAAUUCCUGGAAAUGGAAAUCACCCUUAUGCGUGACACAUUAAAUGACAUAUUAACAACCUAGCAACAACAGGACAUAGCUGUGUUAUGAUGAGUCUGAUAUACCUGGGACUCCUGUCUGUCACUUCCUGUCAGUCAACAGCCUGUCUGUCACUUCCUGUCAGUCAACAGCCUGUCUUGUCACCAGCCUGUCUUGUCACCAGCCUGUCUUGUCACCAGCCUGUCUUGUCACCAGCCUGUCUUGUCACCAGCCUGUCUUGUCACCAGCCUGUCUUGUCACCAGCCUGUCUUGUCACCAGCCUGUCUUGUCACCAGCCUGUCUUGUCACCAGCCUGUCUUGUCAACAGUCUGUCUUGUCACCAGCCUGUCUUGUCACCAGCCUGUCUUGUCACCAGCCUGUCUUGUCACCAGCCUGUCUUGUCACCAGUCUGUCUUGUCACCAGCCUGUCUUGUCACCAGCCUGUCUUGUCACCAGUCUGUCUUGUCACCAGCCUGUCUUGUCACCAGCCUGUCUUGUCACCAGUCUGUCUUGUCACCAGCCUGUCUUGUCACCAGCCUGUCUUGUCACCAGCCUGUCUUGUCACCGAGUCCGUACGGGAGUUGCAACGAUGGGACAAGACUGUAACUACCAAUUGGAUAUCAGGAAAAAGGGGUAAACGCCAUGUCAGGUGGUACAUUCAGCCACGUCUCUUCAGCCUGCACAUUGCGUCCACUAACUGGCUGAUCGGGUUGAUUUCAGUACAGUAUCUCAGGUGGAGGCACAUCCAAGCAGUCUGCCAUGAUGACUGGUGCAUCCCAAAUGGCACCCUAUUCUCUAUGGGCUCUGGUCUAAAGUAGUGCACUACAUAGGGAAUAGGGUGCCAUUCUCUGGUCAAAAGUAGUGCACUAUAUAGGGAAUAGGGUGCCAUUCUCUGGUCAAAAGUAGUGCACUACAUAGGGAAUAGGGUGCCAUUCUCUGGUCAAAAGUAGUGCACUACAUAGGGAAUAGGGUGCCAUUCUCUGGUCUAAAGUAGUGCACUACAUAGGGAAUAGGGUGCCAUUCUCUGGUCAAUAGUAGUGCACUACAUAGGGAAUAGGGUGCCAUUCUCUGGUCUAAAGUAGUGCACUACAUAGGGAAUAGGGUGCCAUUCUCUGGUCUAAAGUAGUGCACUACAUAGGGAAUAGGGUGCCAUUCUCUGGUCAAAAGUAGUGCACUACAUAGGGAAUAGGGUGCCAUUUGGGACGCAAAUGCUGGGUGGAUUGGUUGGGACAGACUUGUGCAACGGUGUGCGACAGACAGACAGGCAGGCAGGCAGACAUCUGACAGACUGUCUAUCUAUCUAUUUGCUGUUUGGAAACAACAGAAUGUGUUGCAAUAUUUUGAUUGAGAUAACAUAUGGGGCAAGGUAGCAUAGUUGUCGCUGGUUCAAAUCCCUGAGCCAACUAGGAGAACAUUCUGUCAAUGUGCCCUUGAGCAAGGCACAUAACCCUAGUUGCUCUGGAUAAGAGGGUCUGCUAAUUGACUAAAUAUGAAGACUGGAAAUCAGUGAAAGUACUGUAUCAAACUGACUAUGAGCCCACAUGCAUCUCAGAUCAGCUAUACACACUUCAUGUUACAGAUGUCAUAUAAACUAAAUGAAGUCAUGUAUUUGAAUUGACAUGAUAAUGUUUAAUGUCUGUUCUCCAGGGAGGGGAACUCACCGGAUCAUCACAUGGCCAUCACCUACAGCCGGCUGCUGGGACAGGUGUGCCGGUGUGCCAACGUUCUAAAGCAGAUGGGUAAGACAGAACUGUCUGUCUCUUUCAACGAUUUUGGGGUGAUUGUAAAAUAGCACUUUCCCUCACUGAACAUUUGUAAUACAGUAAAAGUGCCAAAACACACACAAUUUGACAUGGGUUUUGAAUACUCAGAUUUCCUUAUUUUCCAAAACUGUCAUAGUUCAUCCACCUGUGUUGUCUUCUGGCGUGUGUUACAGGGGUGAGGAAGGGAGACAGGGUGGCCAUCUACCUUCCAAUGAUUCCUGAGCUGGUCUACACCAUGCUGGCCUGCGCCAGGAUAGGAGCUGUCCACUCCAUCGUGGUCAGUGCAGGGAUUGACAUUAAAAGGGUUGCCCUAUUGCCCCGGGUAAAGUUGUAAUAGGAAUCUCCAGGUGAACGAAAGAGAAGACCAGUCACAGAGGAAGUCAAUCAGAAAUCAAUCCGGUUUAUUCCAAGUUGCAACAGGGAGACACCUCCUGCACAGAAGCAGAGAAAAUGUCCUUAUAUCCUAAUCAGCAGACAACUGUUCUGUAAACAGUCAAAAAGGCAGUGACUUUGUCAGCUGCCACAGAAUCAUCACACAGUGAUAGAGAGAAUCACAGCGUUAGAGAGAAUCACACAGUGUCCUCGGUCUGGCGUCAAUCACUAUCGACAGAUAUGCGUUUUAUCCAUAACGUAGCCUCUAGUCCAGGGACUAUCAGAGUUACAAACAACACUGUGUAUUACCUGAAAGGCUAAAUAUAUAAAUAUGAUAAACAUUGUGUUUAAUCACUCAACUGAAUAUAAACUUUCUUCAUCUUAAAUAUUCCUAUUAACCAAGUGAAGUCACGCUGGUUGAGGCUGCCCUGCUCUCCAAUUGGACAGGUGAUUAAAAAAAAAAAAACUAGUGAAAACACCCAAACUGCAAAGAAUUCCUGUAGAUGAUGUUUCUGGUUCCUCCCCAAGUGAAACACAGACAAUCAAUGGCAUUUAUGGCAGUCGGGCAAGUUGAGCCUGCUCUGAGGAUUGUUUUACUGAUAAGCAAAAUACUAAGAAUUCCAGUACUGAUCUUUCUGAUUCCUUCCAUAUGUUUUUUUGUUUGUUUUUUUAGUCAUUUAGCAGACGCUCUUAUCCAGAGCGACUUACAGGAGCAAUUAGGGUUAAGUGCCUUGCUCAAGGGCACAUCGACAGAUUUUUCACCUAGUCGGCUCGGGGAUUUGAAUAUGUGUAGGUGAAAGGCAACAUAUGGCACUUCUCCAUGUAUAUAGCGCGAUCAUAAUCUUCGGGCAACCAAAAAAAUACUCCUGACUUAAGUCCCUUUCCAACUUUAAUGUCAAUCCCUUUAAGUGAAGUGGAGGAGGUUUGAUCAACCACUGCCUCCUGUGAUGAGGAUCCUUGCCUGAGACUUGACCUGAAGACUAAUGCCUAGGCUUUAUCUCAGCUAGCUAAUGCAGUCUUGUGGUGUGUAGAUUUACGUUUGAGUCAUUUUAGCAGACGCUCAUAUCCAGAGCGACUUACAGGAGCAAUUAGGGUUAAGUGCCUUGCUCAAGGGCACAUCGACAGAUUGUUCACCUAGUCGGCUCAGGGAUUAGAACCAGCGACCUUUCGGUUACUGGCACAACGCUCUUAACCACUAAGCUACCUGCCGCCCCAGAUGUCAGUUACAGUGUUUAUGUAACCUGACUUAACCGACUGAUGUAAUGUACAGUGCUAAUAUUAUAGAACGGGGUCAUACCACUGUCGGUUUGGUCUGCCCCUGCCUUGCAGAGUUAUCAGCUGUUCAGUGUGUGAACACCGGUUGGGAUAACACCUGCACCAAGGGACUGCGUCCCAAAUCGGUACCCUGUUCCCUACAUAGUGCACUACUUUUGACCAGAGCGAAGCAGUGCACUAUGUAGGGAAUAGAGGGCCAUUUGGGACGCAUAGAAGGGGGGUGUAGUCUCAUAGCUGUUCCUCACAGAGAAUCCAGGCUAGUCCUUCUCCAGCCCAGGGUGGGUUUAAACAGACAAACAGUUGAUCCAGUCUAGUCCUUCUCCAGCCCAGGGUGGGUUUAAACAGACAAACAGUUGAUCCAGGCUAGUCCUUCUCCAGCCCAGGGUGGGUUUAAACAGACAAACAGUUGAUCCAGUCUUUCUCCAGCCCAGGGUGGGUUUAAACAGACAAACAGUUGAUCCAGUCUAGUCCUUCGCCAGCCCAGGGUGGGUUUAAACAGACAAACAGUUGAUCCAGUCUAGUCCUUCUCCAGCCCAGGGUGGGUUUAAACAGACAAACAGUUGAUCCAGGCUAGUCCUUCUCCAGCCCAGGGUGGGUUUAAACAGACAAACAGUUGAUCCAGGCUAGUCCUUCUCCAGCCCAGGGUGGGUUUAAACAGACAAACAGUUGAUCCAGGCUAGUCCUUCUCCAGCCCAGGGUGGGUUUAAACAGACAAACAGUUGAUCCAGUCUAGUCCUUCGCCAGCCCAGGGUGGGUUUAAACAGACAAACAGUUGAUCCAGGCUAGUCCUUCUCCAGCCCAGGGUGGGUUUAAACAGACAAACAGUUGAUCCAGUCCAGUCCUUCUCCAGCCCAGGGUGGGUUUAAACAGACAAACAGUUGAUCCAGUCCUUCUCCAGCCCAGGGUGGGUUUAAACAGACAAACAGUUGAUCCAGGCUAGUCCUUCUCCAGCCCAGGGUGGGUUUAAACAGACAAACAGUUGAUCCAGUCUUUCUCCAGCCCAGGGUGGGUUUAAACAGACAAACAGUUGAUCCAGUCUUUCUCCAGCCCAGGGUGGGUUUAAACAGACAAACAGUCAAGCCAGACAGUAUUUCAGUCAUAACCUUGCGUCUCAUGAAUAGGUUACAUUGUGUAUAGCGUUGCAGAGUCGGAGUUUAUAAAUACCCAAUGUCUGGGUUGUCCCAAGGUUCAUUUUUAGUAUGCAUGCAGGGCUAUUUUUGACCCGUUUAAAUAUAAUGACCCCAUUCCUGCUGGAUCAUUGUUUUAUGAACAUGACAUUAAAUUAGAAUGACAGAGAUCAUUUGGUUAUUGCACUGUCACAACUUCUAUCCUGGGGUAUCCUGGCUCUAUCCUGGGGUAUCUUGGCUCUAUCCUGGGGUAUCCUGGCUCUAUCCUGGGCUAUCCUGGCUCUAUCCUGGGGUAUCCUGGCUCUAUCCUGGGCUAUCCUGGCUCUAUCCUGGGGUAUCCUGGCUCUAUCCUGGGGUAUCCUGGCUCUAUCCUGGGGUAUCCUGGCUCUAUCCUGGGGUAUCCUGGCUCUAUCCUGGGGUAUCCUGGCUCUAUCCUGGGCUAUCCUGGCUCUAUUCUGGUGUAUCCUGGCUCUAUCCUGGGCUAUCCUGGCUCUAUUCUGGGGUAUCCUGGCUCUAUCCUGGGGUAUCCUGGCUCUAUCCUGGGCUAUCCUGGCUCUAUCCUGGGGUAUCCUGGCUCUAUCCUGGGGUAUCCUGGCUCUAUCCUGGGCUAUCCUGGCUCUAUCCUGGGGUAUCCUGGCUCUAUCCUGGGGUAUCCUGGCUCUAUCCUGGGCUAUCCUGGCUCUAUCCUGGGCUAUCCUGGCUCUAUUCUGGUGUAUCCUGGCUCUAUCCUGGGCUAUCCUGGCUCUAUUCUGGGGUAUCCUGGCUCUAUCCUGGGGUAUCCUGGCUCUAUCCUGGGGUAUCCUGGCUCUAUUCUGGGGUAUCCUGGCUCUAUUCUGGGGUAUCCUGGCUCUAUCCUGGGGUAUCCUGGCUCUAUUCUGGGGUAUCCUGGCUCUAUCCUGGGGUAUCCUGGCUCUAUCCUGGGGUAUCCUGGCUCUAUCCUGGGGUAUCCUGGCUCUAUCCUGGGGUAUCCUGGCUCUAUCCUGGGGUAUCCUGGCUCUAUUCUGGGGUAUCCUGGCUCUAUCCUGGGGUAUCCUGGCUCUAUUCUGGGGUAUCCUGGCUCUAUCCUGGGGUAUCCUGGCUCUAUUCUGGGGUAUCCUGGCUCUAUCCUGGGGUAUCCUGGCUCUAUCCUGGGGUAUCCUGGCUCUAUCCUGGGGUAUCCUGGCUCUAUUCUGGGGUAUCCUGGCUCUAUCCUGGGCUAUCCUGGCUCUAUCCUGGGGUAUCCUGGCUCUAUCCUGGGCUAUCCUGGCUCUAUCCUGGGCUAUCCUGGCUCUAUCCUGGCUGUAUUGCUAUGUCUCAUUUAGUUUGGAUUUGACAAGGCACAUUCUAGAUAGAAGUGGUUUUGUAAUACAUUUAGCUGAGCACUAUUACAGGUAUACACUCCAGAGUCCAUUGAGUCCUGAAAGAAUUUAGCAUAAUAAAGUGGUUUGCUCUGAAUAAAAUCUCAUCGAAGGUUUGGUAUGACAGUUUAAAUGCUACACUGAGUAUAUCUCUGCUCUGUGAACUAUUAACCUUGCCCAGUUCAGAAGUGCCAGUUUGUAAAGGAUCAGGCCCCGUCUAUGAUGAUCACUUUGGAAACUCAUUGAAGACUAGCCUGGUCCCAGAAUAAUAUGUGCUUUAGCCAUCUCCUUUAACUUUAGCUGUCCUUACCGAGGACUUGACUAAAACAGAUUGAGGACCCAGGCUAACAUCAAAUACCUUUUUUUUAUGCAUUAAGUGUUGAAUGAGCAACAACAAUCAAUCACAAUGUUCUGUUAAAGGGCGGCUCCAAUAGAUGUUGGCUUCCUGUUCUGUUAUAGAACGUCACAGCUGACCUGCUGUGGUGUGUGUGUUCAGUUUGCAGGCUUCUCCUCUGAGUCUCUGUGUGAGAGGAUCAUGGAUGCCAAGUGCAGUAUUCUGGUGACUGCAGGUAAGACAGUGUGGAGACCGGCUAAUGCCCAAUAAAAUGACACCAUUCAUGCACAACGUGGCAGAUGACCAAUAAAAUGACACCUUGCAUGUGGACUUUAGACUGUAGCUAGGCAACAUCCUGGUGUGCUGAGUCGUCAUCUGUUUUCAUCAGAAGUUGUAAAGUAAUUACAUGUUGGCUUGGGUCUCUCCCUUCCUCUCCCCCCUCCCCCCCCCCCCCCCCCCCCUCUCUCUCUCUCUCUCUCUCUCUCUCUGUCUCUCUUUCUCUCCCUCCCUCCCUACCUCUUGCUCCAGAUGGUGUAUACAGAGGGGAGAAAUUGAUCAACCUGAAGCAGAUAGCAGAUGAAGCUCUGGAAAAGUGCAAGGAGAAGUAAGUCGUCCUGUUUACAGCGCUAUCGUCUAUCAUCUGAUCAAUUCUCAUCUCUCUCUCUCUCUCUCUCUCUCUCUCUCUCUCUCUCUCUCUCUCUCUCUCUCUGUCUCUCUCUCUCUCUCUCUCUCUCUCUCUCUCUCUCUCUCUCUGUCUCUCUCUCUCUCUCUCUCUCUCUCUCUCUCUCUCUCUCUCUCUCUCUCUCUCUCUCUCUCUCUCUCUCUCUCUCUUAUAGCUCAAUUCUCGUCUCUCUCUCUCUCUCUCUUUAUGACUGAUUCAGUUGACUGUUUACCUUAUCCUCUUAUAAUGAUGACCUAACCUCUGAGAUAGGAGCUGUGGCUCACACACACACACACACACACACACACACACACACACACACAGAGCCAGACCUUAACAGCUGUUAAAUGGGCUGUUGAAGAAGAGCGUUGCCUACUUUCCAAGCUGUGGAGUUGCUGGGCAACGCUGAGGGUUCCGAAUCUAUAGGGAACCCCCAUCUGUCUGUUUCCCUUAGCGAUCUGUAUGUUCUCCGAUGUGUGAAACAACAUGUAUGUCUAUCGCAGCCAGGAGACAUAUGACAGCAUAUAACCACCAUGUCUAGGCUACUCUAUGCGCUCUAUGUACAUGGUCAUCAUCGCCAGGGAGUGACAUUAAAGUUUAAAAAGGCGCUUGACCAUCGGGCAAGUCAGGAGUAUUUCUUGGUUGCCCACAGAUAAUGAUCACUUGCCAGAACAUUUAAAUGAGCUAUUUACAAGGAGAAGUGCCAUACAGCUUUCACCUACACAAAGGGGAUCUGACAGAUCAGUAGUGGAAGUCUUUUGUAUUUUGUUUCUUAUCAGGAAAAUAAAUCUCAGAGCAGGCUCCACUUGCUCGACUGCCAUAAAUGCCAUUUCAUUGUCUUUCUUUCACUUGAAACAAUGGGGAGGAACCAGAGAGAUCAGUUUUAGGCUAUUGAAAUUCCUAGCAGUUUAUUUUAUUUGAUUUCGUAUCACCCGCCCCAACUUCGGAGCAGGUUCAACGUGCGCGACUGGGUUAGGGUUACUGCUCAGUUCACUUGCCCCAGGCAGUAGGGCGACCCUUAAUGUCAAUCCCUGACUGGUUCACAAUUCUUACAACUUUCCUCUUCAUCUCUCCACAGAGCAUCGGCGACCGUUAGAAGAUGUCUAGUGGUUAAGCAUUGUGCGCUGAGGAUAGAGGGUGGGGAUGUUUCCAAUAAACUGCAGGUAUGUAGAUACGAUUCUUUUGUGUGCAAAUGAACAACAGUUUGCCGAUUAUGUUUUUUUUCUUUUCUUGAGCUGCCCAACGAACGUCUCUGGUAAAUGAUGUGCUGUCCUCUCACCCCCUGUAUUUCCUGGUGUAUUUCCUGGUGUAUUUCCUGGUGUAUUUCCUGGUGUAUUUCUACUGUAUUCGGACUGUGUUGUUGUUUUUUUGCGGUAUUUACUGGUGUAUUUCUACUGUAUUCUGACUGUGUUGUUGUAUUUCUGCUGUAUUUCCUGGUGUAUUCCUACUGUAUUCUGACUGUGUUGUAUUUCUGCUGUAUUUCCUGGUGUAUUUCUACUGUAUUCUGACUAAGUUGUGUUUCUGCUGUAUUUCCUGCUGUAUUUCUACUGUAUUCUGACUGUGUUGUAUUUCUGCUGUAUUUCCUGCUGUAUUUCUACUGUAUUCUGACUAAGUUGUAUUCCUGCUGUAUUUCCUGGUGUAUUUCUACAGUAUUCUGACUAAGUUGUAUUUCUGCUGUAUUUCCUGGUGUAUUUCUACUGUAUUCUGACUAAGUUGUGUUUCUGCUGUAUUUCCUGAUGUAUUUUUACUGUAUUCUGACUAAGUUGUAUUUCUGCUGUAUUUCCUGGUGUAUUUCUACUGUAUUCGGACUAAGUUGAGUUUCUGCUGUAUUUCCUGGUGUAUUCCUACUGUAUUCGGACUAAGUUGAGUUUCUGCUGUAUUUCCUGGUGUAUUCCUACUGUAUUCUGACUGUGUUGUUGUUUUUUUGCUGUAUUUACUGGUGUAUUUCUACUGUAUUUGGACUAAGUUGUGUUUCUGCUGUAUUUCCUGGUGUAUUUCUACUGUAUUCUGACUGUGUUGUUUUUUUGCUGUAUUUCUUGGUGUAUUUCUACUGUAUUCUGACUAAGUUGUGUUUCUGCUGUAUUUCCUGGUGUAUUUCUACUGUAUUCUGACUAAGUUGUGUUUCUGCUGUAUUUCCUUGUGUAUUUCUAAUGUAUUCUGACUAAGUUGUAUUUCUAAUGUAUUUCCUGGUGUAUUUCUACUGUAUUCUGACUAAGUUGUGUUUCUGCUGUAUUUCCUGGUGUAUUUCUACUGUAUUCUGACUAAGUUGUAUUUCUGCUGUAUUUCCUGGUGUAUUUCUACAGUAUUCUGACUAAGUUGUAUUUCUGCUGUAUUUCCUGGUGUAUUUCUACUGUAUUCUGACUAAGUUGUAUUUCUGCUGUAUUUCCUGGUGUAUUUCUACAGUAUUCUGACUAAGUUGUAUUUCUGCUGUAUUUCCUGGUGUAUUUCUACUGUAUUCUGACUAAGUUGUAUUCCUGCUGUAUUUCCUGGUGUAUUUCUACAGUAUUCUGACUAAGUUGUGUUUCUGCUGUAUUUCCUGGUGUCCAGACCCCGUGGGAUGCUGCAUAUGAUGUGUGUUGGGAGGAGGUGAUGGGACAGGUCUCUGAGCAGUGUGAACCUGAGUGGCUGGAUGCAGAGGAUCCUCUCUUUAUACUGUACACCAGCGGAUCUACUGGCAAACCAAAGGUAGGACACACACAUAGUUGCAUAAACACAAACACACACACACAACCUUUGACCCCAAACACACACAGUGUCACAAACACAAGCAUACAAGCACAUACACAAUCAUACAGACGUGACGACCUGACCACAGUGCAGUUUGGGAGUGCCUAUUGUUGACUGUGUGUGUGUGUGUGCUCCUAAGUGUGUGUUCCUAAGUGUGUUCCUGUGUGUACAUGCGUGCUGCAUGUGUGUUAACCCUGUAUCUGCCUUCCCUACAGGGUGUGUGUUAACCCUGUAUCUGCCUUCCCUACAGGGUGUGUGUUAACCCUGUAUCUGCCUUCCCUACAGGGUGUGUGUUAACCCUGUAUCUGCCUUCCCUGCAGGGUGUGUGUUAACCCUGUAUCUGCCUUCCCAAUAGGGUGUGUGUUAACCCUGUAUCUGCCUUCCCUGCAGGGUGUGUGUUAACCCAGUAUCUGCCUUCCCUACAGGGUGUGUGUUAACCCUGUAUCUGCCUUCCCAAUAGGGUGUGUGUUAACCCAGUAUCUGCCUUCCCUACAGGGUGUGUGUUAACCCUGUAUCUGCCUUCCCUACAGGGUGUGUGUUAACCCUGUAUCUGCCUUCCCUACAGGGUGUGUGUUAACCCUGUAUCUGCCUUCCCUACAGGGUGUGUGUUAACCCUGUAUCUGCCUUCCCUACAGGGUGUGUGUUAACCCUGUAUCUGCCUUCCCAAUAGGGUGUGUGUUAACCCUGUAUCUUCCUUCCCUACAGGGUGUCCUCCACACGGUGGCAGGCUACCUGCUCUAUACCUCUCUGACCUUCAAGUACGUGUUUGACCACCAGCCAGACGAUGUGUACUGGUGUACCGCUGAUAUAGGAUGGAUCACUGGACACUCCUACAUCACCUAUGGACCCCUGGCCAACGGGGCUACCAGCGUACUGGUCAGUAUAACUGGUGUAGAACUGGUAUAGAACUGGUAUAGAACUGCUCAGUAGAACUGGUAUAGAACUGGCAUAGAACUGGUAUAGAACUGCUCAGUAGAACUGGUAUAGAAUUGGUAUAUAACUGGUAUAGAACUGGUCAGUAGAACUGGUAUAGAACUGGCAUAGAACUGGUAUAGAACUGCUCAGUAGAACUGGUAUAGAAUUGGUAUGGAACUGGUAUAGAACUGGUCAGUAGAACUGGUAUAGAACUGGCAUAGAACUGGUAUAGAACUGCUCAGUAGAACUGGUAUAGAAUUGGUAUAUAACUGGUAUAGAACUGGUCAGUAGAACUGGUAUAGAACUGGUAUAGAACUGCUCAGUAGAACUGGUAUAGAAUUGGUAUAUAACUGGUAUAGAACUGCUCAGUAGAACUGGUAUAUAACUGGUAUAGAACUGGUCAGUAGAACUGAUAUAGAACUGCUCAGUAGAACUGGUAUAGAACUGGUAUAGAACUGGUCAGUAGAACUGGUAUAGAACUGGUCAGUAGAACUGGUAUAGAACUGGUCAGUAGAACUGGUAUAGAACUGGUAUAAAACUGGUCAGUAGAACUGGUAUAGAACUGGUAUAGUACUGGUAUAGAACUGGUAUAGAACUGGUCAGUAGAACUGGUAUAGAACUGGUCAGUAGAACUGGUAUAGAACUGGUCAGUAGAACUGCUAUACAAUUUGCUGCAGUUGGUAUUCUUUAUCUAAGGUGUGUCCCAAAUGGCACCCUAUUCCCUAUAUAGUGCACUACCUUUGACCAGGGUCCAUAGGGCUCUGUUCAAAGUAGUGCACCAUGUAGGGAAUAGGGUGCCAUUUGGGACACAGCUCUAGUCUCACCUGUUCAUGUUAAGUAGUAACAGAUUAAGAGAUCUAGUCUGGCUUGCAAGAUUCAUAUCUGUCUGCAGUUCUGCACUUUGUUGUCAAAUUUAAUCAUGUUAAAAUCCAUCUGAUUACUGUGUUCUCCAGUUUGAGGGUAUUCCAGUCCACCCUCACGUGGGGCGUUUCUGGGAGGUGAUUGAGAAGUACAGAGUGACCAAGUUCUACACAGCUCCCACAGCCAUACGCCUUCUCAUGAAGUACGGGAAAGAGCCAGUACAAAAGUAAGACACACACGCACGCGCGCUCACACAUGAAUGCACGCACGCAUCUGCAUGCUAUGUCUUCUCAGAGUGGGCGAGUUGAUUUUGCACUGCCCAGACGGUGCGCAGGGUGGGGGGUUAUUUCACUUUACAAACAAUGGAAUGGUCUAAAAUGUGCAAACUCCUCCAACUGUUAGAAGAUCAGCACUGAUCUGAACCAUAGUACUGUGGCAGUAAUAAUGCUAUAAUGAAGCUGUAAUGAAGCUGUAAUAAAUAAUGAAUAAAGCAGCAGUAAUAAAGCAGUAAUAAAGCAGUAAUAAAGCAGUAAUAAAGCAGUAAUAAAGCAGUAAUAAAGUUGUUAAAACGCUGCAAUAAAGCAGAACUAAAUCUGGGAUAAAGCAGUAAUAAUGCCAUAAUAAAGAUGUAAUAAAGCAGUAAUAAAGCAGUAAUAAAGCAGCUGUAAUGAAGCCGUAAUAAAGCAGUAAUAAAAGAGUAAUGAAGCUGCAAUCAAGCAAUAAUAAAGUGGCUGUUACAAAGCAGUAAUAAAGCUCUACUAAAGCAGUAGUAAAGCUGUAAUUAAGAUGUAAUAAACAGCAUUAAUAAAGCAGUAAUAAACCAGUAAUAAAAAUGUAAUUAGGCAGUAAUAAAGCAGUAGUAAAGCAGCUAUAAAGCAACAAUAACCCUAACCCAUAAAGCUGUAAUAGAUCAGUAUAAAGCUGUAAUAGAUCAGUAUAAAGCUGUAAUAGAUCAGUAUAAAGCUGUAAUAGAUCAGUAUAAAGCUGUAAUAGAUCAGUAUAAAGCUAUAAUAGAUCAGUAUAAAGCUGUAAUAGAUCAGUAUAAAGCUGUAAUAGAUCAGUAUAAGCUGUAAUAGAUAGUAUAAGCUGUAAUAGAUCAGUAUAGACAUAUAAGCUGUAAGAAUCAGUAUAAAGCUGUAAUAGAUCAGUAUAAAGCGGUGAUAAGUAUGAUCAGUAUAAAGCUGUAAUAGAUCAGUUAUGUAUACAGUAAGCUGUAAUAGAUCAGUAUAAAGCUGUAAUAGAUCAGUAUAAAGCUGUAAUAGAUCAGUAUAAAGCUGUAAUAGAUCAGUAUAAAGCUGUAAUAGAUCAGUAUAAAGCUGUAAUAGAUCAGUAUAAAGCUGUAAUAGAUCAGUAUAAAGCUGUAAUAGAUCAGUAUAAAGCUGUAAUAGAUCAGUAUAAAGCUGUAAUAGAUCAGUAAAGCUGUAAUAGAUCAGUAUAAAGCUGUAAUAGAUCAGUAUAAAGCUGUAAUAGAUCAGUAUAAAGCUGUAAUAGAUCAGUAUAAAGCUGUAAUAGAUCAGUAUAAAGCUGUAAUAGAUCAGUAUAAAGCUGUAAUAGAUCAGUAUAAAGCUGUAAUAGAUCAGUAUAAAGCUGUAAUAGAUCAGUAUAAAGCUGUAAUAGAUCAGUAUAAAGCUGUAAUAGAUCAGUAUAAAGCUGUAAUAGAUCAGUAUAAAGCUGUAAUAGAUCAGUAUAAAGCUGUAGAAGAUCAUAUAAGCUGUAAUAGAUCAGUAUAAAGCUGUAAUAGAUCAGUAUAAAGCUGUAAUAGAUCAGUAUAAAGCUGUAAUAGAUCAGUAUAAAGCUGUAAUAGAUCAGUAUAAAGCUGUAAUAGAUCAGUAUAAAGCUGUAAUAGAUCAGUAUAAAGCUGUAAUAGAUCAGUAUAAAAGCUGUAAUAGAUCAGUAUAAAGCUGUAAUAGAUCAGUAUAAAGCUGUAAUAGAUCAGUAUAAAGCUGUAAUAGAUCAGUAUAAAGCUGCUGUAAUAGAUCAGUAUAAAGCUGUAAUAGAUCAGUAUAAAGCUGUAAUAGAUCAGUAUAAAGCUGUAAUAGAUCAGUAUAAAGCUGUAAUAGAUCAUGAUAUAGCUGUAAUAGAUCAGUAUAAAGCUGUAAUAUAUCAGUAUAAAGCUGUAAUAGAUCAGUAUAAAGCUGUAAUAUAUCAGUAUAAAGCUGUAAUAGAUCAGUAUAAAGCUGUAAUAGAUCAGUAUAAAGCUGUAAUAGAUCAGUUAUAAAGCUGUAAUAGAUCAGUAUAAGCUGUAAUAGAUCAGUAUAAAGCUGUAAUAGAUCAGUAUAAAGCUGUAAUAGAUCAGUAUAAAGCUGUAAUAGAUCAGUAUAAAGCUGUAAUAGAUCAGUAUAAAGCUGUAAUAGAUCAGUAUAAAGCUGUAAUAGAUCAGUAUAAAGCUGUAAUAGAUCAGUAUAAAGCUGUAAUAGAUCAGUAUAAAGCUGUAAUAGAUCAGUAUAAAGCUGUAAUAGAUCAGUAUAAAGCUGUAAUAGAUCAGUAUAAAGCUGUAAUAGAUCAGUAUAAAGCUGUAAUAGAUCAGUAUAAAGCUGUAAUGGAUCAGUAUAAAGCUGUAAUAGAUCAGUAUAAAGCUGUAAUAGAUCAGUAUAAAGCUGUAAUAUAUCGUAGUAUAAAGCUGUAAUGGAUCAGUAGUAUCAAAGCUGUAAUAGAUCAGUAUAAAGCUGUAAUAGAUCAGUAUAAAGCUGUAAUAGAUCAGUAUAAAGCUGUAAUAGAUCAGUAUAAAGCUGUAAUGGAUCAGUAUAAAGCUGUAAUAGAUCAGUAUAAAGCUGUAAUAGAUCAGUAUAAAGCUGUAAUAGAUCAGUAUAAAGCUGUAAUAGAUCAGUAUAAAGCUGUAAUAGAUCAGUAUAAAGCUGUAAUAGAUCAGUAUAAAGCUGUAAUAGAUCAGUAUAAAGCUGUAAUAGAUCAGUAUAAAGCUGUAAUAGAUCAGUAUAAAGAUGUAAUAGAUCAGUAUAAAGAUGUAAUAGAUCAGUAUGAAGCUGUAAUAGAUCAGUAUAAAGCUGUAAUAGAUCAGUAUAAAGCUGUAAUAGAUCAGUAUAAAGCUGUAAUAGAUCAGUAUAAAGCUGUAAUAGAUCAUUAUAAAGCUGUAAUAGAUCAGUAUAAAGCUGUAAUAGAUCAGUAUAAAGCUGUAAUAGAUCAGUAUAAAGCUGUAAUAGAUCAGUAUAAAGCUGUAAUAGAUCAGUAUAAAGCUGUAAUAGAUCAGGAUAUAGCUGUAAUAGAUCAGUAUAAAGCUGUAAUAGAUCAGUAUAAAGCUGUAAUAGAUCAGUAUAAAGCUGUAAUAGAUCAGUGUAAUUACCCCCUCUGCACCAGCAUUAAUAAACAACACUCUCAGUGAACCUGACCUGUAUAGGACCAGCACUUCUUGGCACUGACGGAUAGCAUCAAAACCGUGAUGCAUCAUGGGCCAGUUGUGACUGACUGAUAUAAAGAUAAUAUUGAGUAGGUAUUUAUGAUGCAAGGGGAUUUGUAGAUCAGUCAGUCGACUCACCUUUAAAGUCGUCUGCAAUGUCGAACGCACCCCCUUUACUCACUAACCCUGUCACUUCCUGCAGAUACGACCUGUCGUCGCUGAGGAUCCUGGGAACUGUAGGCGAGCCUAUCAACCCGGAGGCGUGGCAUUGGUACUACGAGGUUGUUGGUCAGAAGAGAUGUCCCGUGGUGGACACCUUCUGGCAGACUGAGACCGUGAGUGUGUGUGUCUGUGACUGUGUGUGUUUCUGUGUUUCUGUGUGUUUCUGUGUCUGUGACUGUGUGUGUGUGUGUGUGUGUUUGUGUGUGUGUGUGUGUGUGUGUGUGUGUGUGUGUGUGUGUGUGUGUGUGUGUGUGUGUCUGUGACUGUGUGUGUUCCUGUGUUUGUGUGUCUGUGACUGUGUGUGUUUGUGUGUCUGUGACUGUGUGUGUUUGUGUGUCUGUGACUGUGUGUGUUUCUGUGACUGUGUGUGUUUGUGUGUCUGUGACUGUGUGUUUCUGUGUUUGUGUGUGUUUGUGUGUCUGUGACUGUGUGUGUUUGUGUGUCUGUGACUGUGUGUGUUUCUGUGACUGUGUGUUUGUUUGUGUGUCUGUGACUGUUUGUGUGUCUGUGACUGUGUGUGUGUCUGUGACUGUGUGUGUUUGUGUGUCUGUGACUGUGUGUGUGUUUGUGUGUCUGUGACUGUGUGUGUUUCUGUGUUUGUGUGUGUUUGUGUGUCUGUGACUGUGUGUGUUUGUGUGUCUGUGACUGUGUGUGUUUCUGUGACUGUGUGUGUGUUUGUGUGUCUGUGACUGUUUGUGUGUCUGUGACUGUUUGUGUGUCUGUGACUGUUUGUGUGCCUGUGACUGUGUGUGUGUCUGUGUUUGUGUGUCUGUGACUGUGUGUGUUUGUGUGUGUUUGUGUGUCUGUGACUGUGUGUGUUUCUGUGUGUGUGUGUGUGUGUGUGUGUGUGUCUGUGACUGUGUGUGUUUCUGUGUUUGUGUGUGUUUGUGUGUCUGUGACUGUGUGUGUUUGUGUGUCUGUGACUGUGUGUGUUUGUGUGUGUUUGUGUGUCUGUGACUGUUUGUGUGUCUGUGACUGUGUGUGUGUCUGUGACUGUGUGUGUGUCUCCACUGUGUUGAGCAUCAUCCUCUUCCUGCAAAACACUGGUUAUGUUCCAUUUCAUUAUCAUGGACCCCACACCCCAUUAUCAAGGACCCCACACCCCAUUAUCAAGGACCCCACACCCCAUUAUCAAGGACCCCACACCCCAUUAUCAUGGACCCCACACCCCAUUAUCAUGGACCCCACACCCCAUUAUCAAGGACCCCACACCCCAUUAUCAAGGACCCCACACCCCAUUAUCAAGGACCCCACACCCCAUUAUCAUGGACCCCACACCCCAUUAUCAAGGACCCCACACCCCAUUAUCAAGGACCCCACACCCCAUUAUCAAGGACCCCACACCCCAUUAUCAAGGACCCCACACCCCAUUAUCAUGGACCCCACACCCCAUUAUCAAGGACCCCCACACCCCAUUAUCAAGGACCCCACACCCCAUUAUCAAGGACCCCACACCCCAUUAUCAUGGACCCCACACCCCAUUAUCAAGGACCCCACACCCCAUUAUCAUGGACCCCACACCCCAUUAUCAAGGACCCCACACACCAUUAUCAAGGACCCCACACCCCAUUAUCAAGGACCCCACACCCCAUUAUCAAGGACCCCACACACCAUUAUCAAGGACCCCACACCCCAUUAUCAUGGACCCCACACCCCAUUAUCAAGGACCCCACACCCCAUUAUCAAGGACCCCACACCCCAUUAUCAAGGACCCCACACCCCAUUAUCAUGGACCCCACACCCCAUUAUCAAGGACCCCACACCCCAUUAUCAAGGACCCCACACCCCAUUAUCAAGGACCCCACACCCCAUUAUCAAGGACCCCACACCCCAUUAUCAAGGACCCCACACACACUAUGACGUGUGUUGUCAUAUUGCAGUCCAAGCAAUACAGUGAAGUAAUGAUGUGUGUUGUCUUCCAGGGUGGCCAUGUUCUGACCCCACUUCCUGCUGCUACUCCUCUGAAGCCUGGAUCAGCUGUAAGGCCUUAAUGGUUUACUGUUUAACGCUGUUUAGUGCCAUUUAUCUACACCAAGUCAGGACUAACUAGCAUAUAUGGCUGCCUGGUGGUCCAGAAGCUAUUGUAUGCUGUAUAUACAUAUACCUAUAUACCUGUAGGUGACUAACCAGUGAUAUACCUGUAGGUGACUAACCAGUGAUAUACCUGUAGGUGACUAACCAGUCAUAGACCUGUAGGUGACUAACCAGUAACCUGUAGGUGACUAACCAGUCAUAGACCUGUAGGUGACUAACCAGUCAUAGACCUGUAGGUGACUAACCAGUAACCUGUAGGUGACUAACCAGUCAUAGACCUGUAGGUGACUAACCAGUUAUAGACCUGUAGGUGACUAACCAGUAACCUGUAGGUGACUAACCAGUCAUAGACCAGUAGGUGACUAACCAGUAACCUGUAGGUGACUAACCAGUCAUAGACCUGUAGGUGACUAACCAGUCAUAGACCUGUAGGUGACUAACCAGUCAUAGACCUGUAGGUGACUAACCAGUAACCUGUAGGUGACUAACCAGUCAUAGACCUGUAGGUGACUAACCAGUCAUAGACCUGUAGGUGACUAACCAGUCAUAGACCUGUAGGUGACUAACCAGUCAUAGACCUGUAGGUGACUAACCAGUCAUAGACCUGUAGGUGACUAACCAGUCAUAGACCUGUAGGUGACUAACCAGUCAUAGACCUGUAGGUGACUAACCAGUCAUAGACCUGUAGGAUAUCAGUUUGGGACAUUAGAACGUAAGGGAGUGACAUGUACUAGUUUUGCUGUAGACUUACAACUCAUUUCAUGUGUUGAUUGUGAUCUGUAAUAAGGAGUUAUUUCUUCCCAAGCAGGCUGUGUUGUUAUUGAAAAGCGUAUAGGAUCUAAUGAAAAUCUCCCCCGUGGUAAUUAUGAACACCCCUAACUAUCUAUCUAAUCUCUGGAUCUGUCUGAUGUUCCAGACGUUUCCUUUUUUCGGAGUGGAUCCCACCAUACUCAACGAGCAUGGAGAGGAACUGGAGGGAGAGGCAGAGGGCUAUCUGGUCAGUAUAAUAACACUAUACUGGAGGGAGAGGCAGGGGGCUAUCUGGUCAGUAUAAUAACACUAUACUGGAGGGAGAGGCAGAGGGCUAUCUGGUCAGUAUAAUAACACUAUACUGGAGGGAGAGGCAGGGGGCUAUCUGGUCAGUAUAAUAACACUAUACUGGAGGGAGAGGCAGGGGGCUAUCUGGUCAGUAUAAUAACACUAUACUGGAGGGAGAGGCAGAGGGCUAUCUGGUCAGUAUAAUAACACUAUACUGGAGGGAGAGGCAGAGGGCUAUCUGGUCAGUAUAAUAACACUAUAACUGGAGGGAGAGGCAGGGGGCUAUCUGGUCAGUAUAAUAACACUAUACUGGAGGGAGAGGCAGAGGGCUAUCUGGUCAGUAUAAUAACACUAUAACUGGAGGGAGAGGCAGAGGGCUAUCUGGUCAGUAUAAUAACACUAUACUGGAGGGAGAGGCAGAGGGCUAUCUGGUCAGUAUAAUAACACUAUACUGGAGGGAGAGGCAGAGGGCUAUCUGGUCAGUAUAAUAACACUAUACUGGAGGGAGAGGCAGAGGGCUAUCUGGUCAGUAUAAUAACACUAUACUGGAGGGAGAGGCAGAGGGCUUUCUGGUCAGUAUAAUAACACUAUACUGGAGGGAGAGGCAGGGGGCUAUCUGGUCAGUAUAAUAACACUAUAACUGGAGAGGAACUGGAGGCAGAGACAAUGUGGCUAUGUGGCUAUAUUUGGCUGUUUUCGCUGCAUAAUAUUUAGACGUAUGUGGUUGCAGGUGUUCAAGCGGCCCUGGCCUGGUAUCAUGCGUACUGUGUACGGAAACCAGGAGCGGUUUGAGAACACAUACUUCAAGAAAUUCCCAGGUUUUUACGUGACCGGCGAUGGUAAGACAGUCAACUAUUUUCUUACAACAUUCUGUGAUUGAUUAGAUUAAUUUUUGAUUACAUUAGAUCAAUCAUAUUCAUAGACAACCACAAUGACAUUGUGAUAGCGACCUUGCUGCUAACGUGGGACUUAAUUCAUUCAUUAUACAACGGGUGGUUUGGAAUUCCCAUUGUUAGAUCCUAUCCUGUUAGAUCCUGUCCUGUUAGAUCCUAUGCUGUUAGAUCCUAUCAGAUCCUAUCCUGUUAGAUCCUAUCAGAUCCUAUCCUGUUAGAUCCUAUCCUGUUAGAUCCUGUUAGAUCCUAUCCUGUUAGAUCCUGUUAGAUCCUAUCCUGUUAGAUCCUAUCAGAUCCUAUCCUGUUAGAUCCUAUCAGAUCCUAUCCUGUUAGAUCCUAUCAGAUCCUAUCCUGUUAGAUCCUAUCCUGUUAGAUCCUGUUAGACCCUAUCCUGUUAGAUCCCAUCAGAUCCUAUCCUGUUAGAUUCUAUCCUGUUAGAUUCUAUCCUUUUAGAUUCUAUCCUGUUAGAUUCUAUCCUGUUAGAUCCUAUCAGAUCCUAUCCUGUUAGAUCCUAUCAGAUCCUAUCCUGUUAGAUUCUAUCCUGUUAGAUCCUAUCAGAUCCUAUCCUGUUAGAUUCUAUCCUGUUAGAUUAUAUCCUGUUAGAUCCUAUCAGAUCCUAUCCUGUUAGAUUCUAGCCGGUUAGAUUCUAUCCUGUUAGAUCCUAUCAGAUCCUAUCCUGUUAGAUUCUAUCCUGUUAGAUUCUAUCCUGUUAGAUCCUAUCAGAUCCUAUCCUGUUAGAUUAUAUCCUGUUAGAUUCUAUCCUGUUAGAUUCUAUCCUGUUAGAUUAUAUCCUGUUAGAUCCUAUCAGAUCCUAUCCUGUUAGAUCCUAUCAGAUUCUAUCCUGUUAGAUUCUAUCCUGUUAGAUCCUAUCAGAUCCUAUCCUGUUAGAUCCUAUCCUGUUAGAUCCUAUCCUGUUAGAUCCUAUCAGAUCCUAUCCUGUUAGAUUCUAUCAGAUCCUAUCCUGUUAGAUUCUAUCCUGUUAGAUUCUAUCCUGUUAGAUUCUAUCCUGUUAGAUCCUAUCAGAUCCUAUCCUGUUAGAUUCUAUCCUGUUAGAUCCUAUCAGAUCCUAUCCUAUUAGAUCCUAUCCUAUUAGAUCCUAUCCUGUUAGAUUAUAUCCUGUUAGAUUCUAUCCUGUUAGAUACUGUCCUGUUAGAUUCUAUCCUGUUAGAUCCUAUCAGAUCCUAUCCUGUUAGAUCCUAUCAGAUUCUAUCCUGUUAGAUUCUAUCCUGUUAGAUUCUAUCCUGUUAGAUCCUAUCAGAUCCUAUCCUGUUAGAUCCUAUCCUGUUAGAUUAUAUCCUGUUAGAUACUGUCCUGUUAGAUACUGUCCUGUUAGAUUAUAUCCUCUUAGAUUCUAUCCUGUUAGAUCCUGUUAGAUCCUAUCCUGUUAGAUCCUAUCAGAUCCUAUCCUGUUAGAUUAUAUCAGAUCCUAUCCUGUUAGAUUCUAUCCUGUUAGAUUCUAUCCUGUUAGAUCCUAUCCUGUUAGGUCCUAUCAGAUCCUAUCCUGUUAGAUCCUAUCAGAUCCUAUCCUGUUAGAUUCUAUCCUGUUAGAUCCUAUCAGAUCCUAUCCUGUUAGAUCCUAUCAGAUCCUAUCCUGUUAGAUCAUAUCCUGUUAGAUUAUAUCCUGUUAGAUUAUAUCCUGUUAGAUACUGGCCUGUUAGAUUCUAUCCUGUUAGAUCCUAUCAGAUCAUAUCCUGUUAGAUCCUAUCAGAUUCUAUCCUGUUAGAUUAUAUCCUGUUAGAUCCUAUCAGAUCCUAUCCUGUUAGAUUCUAUCCUGUUAGAUCCUAUCAGAUCCUAUCCUGUUAGAUCCUAUCAGAUCAUAUCCUGUUAGAUUAUAUCCUGUUAGAUCCUAUCAGAUCCUAUCCUGUUAGAUUCUAUCCUGUUAGAUUCUAUCCUGUUAGAUCCUAUCAGAUCCUAUCCUGUUAGAUUCUAUCCUGUUAGAUUCUAUCCUGUUAGAUUCUAUCCUGUUAGAUACUGUCCUGUUAGAUUAUAUCCUGUUAGAUCCUAUCAGAUCCUAUCCUGUUAGAUCCUAUCAGAUUAUAUCCUGUUAGAUUCUAUCCUGUUAGAUCCUAUCAGAUCCUAUCCUGUUAGAUCCUAUCAGAUUCUAUCCUGUUAGAUUAUAUCCUGUUAGAUCCUGUUAGAUCCUAUCAGAUCCUAUCCUGUUAGAUUCUAUCCUGUUAGAUUCUAUCCUGUUAGAUCCUAUCAGAUCCUAUCCUGUUAGAUUCUAUCCUGUUAGAUUCUAUCCUGUUAGAUUCUAUCCUGUUAGAUACUGUCCUGUUAGAUUAUAUCCUGUUAGAUCCUAUCAGAUCCUAUCCUGUUAGAUCCUAUCCUGUUAGAUUCUAUCCUGUUAGAUACUGUCCUGUUAGAUACUGUCCUGUUAGAUUAUAUCCUCUUAGAUUCUAUCCUGUUAGAUCCUGUUAGAUCCUAUCCUGUUAGAUCCUAUCAGAUCCUAUCCUGUUAGAUUAUAUCAGAUCCUAUCCUGUUAGAUUCUAUCCUGUUAGAUUCUAUCCUGUUAGAUCCUAUCCUGUUAGGUCCUAUCAGAUCCUAUCCUGUUAGAUCCUAUCAGAUCCUAUCCUGUUAGAUUCUAUCCUGUUAGAUUCUAUCAGAUCCUAUCCUGUUAGAUCCUAUCAGAUCCUAUCCUGUUAGAUCAUAUCCUGUUAGAUUAUAUCCUGUUAGAUUAUAUCCUGUUAGAUACUGUCCUGUUAGAUUCUAUCCUGUUAGAUCCUAUCAGAUCAUAUCCUGUUAGAUCCUAUCAGAUUCUAUCCUGUUAGAUUAUAUCCUGUUAGAUCCUAUCAGAUCCUAUCCUGUUAGAUUAUAUCCUGUUAGAUCCUAUCAGAUCCUAUCCUGUUAGAUUCUAUCCUGUUAGAUCCUAUCAGAUCCUAUCCUGUUAGAUCCUAUCAGAUCCUAUCCUGUUAGAUUCUAUCCUGUUAGAUCCUAUCAGAUCCUAUCCUGUUAGAUUCUAUCCUGUUAGAUUAUAUCCUGUUAGAUCCUAUCAGAUCCUAUCCUGUUAGAUUCUAUCCUGUUAGAUUCUAUCCUGUUAGAUUCUAUCCUGUUAGAUACUGUCCUGUUAGAUUAUAUCCUGUUAGAUCCUAUCAGAUCCUAUCCUGUUAGAUCCUAUCAGAUUAUAUCCUGUUAGAUUCUAUCCUGUUAGAUCCUAUCAGAUCCUAUCCUGUUAGAUCCUAUCCUGUUAGAUUCUAUCCUGUUAGAUACUGUCCUGUUAGAUACUGUCCUGUUAGAUUCUAUCCUGUUAGAUUCUAUCCUGUUAGAUCCUGUUAGAUCCUAUCCUGUUAGAUCCUAUCAGAUUCUAUCCUGUUAGAUUCUAUCAGAUCCUAUCCUGUUAGAUUCUAUCCUGUUAGAUUCUAUCCUGUUAGAUUCUAUCCUGUUAGAUCCUAUCCUGUUAGGUCCUAUCAGAUCCUAUCCUGUUAGAUCCUAUCAGAUCCUAUCCUGUUAGAUUCUAUCCUGUUAGAUCCUAUCAGAUCCUAUCCUGUUAGAUCCUAUCAGAUCCUAUCCUGUUAGAUCCUAUCAGAUCCUAUCCUGUUAGAUCCUAUCCUGUUAGAUUCUAUCCUGUUAGAUUCUAUCAUGUUAGAUACUGUCCUGUUAGAUUCUAUCCUGUUAGAUCCUAUCAGAUCCUAUCCUGUUAGAUCCUAUCAGAUUCUAUCCUGUUAGAUUAUAUCCUGUUAGAUCCUAUCAGAUCCUAUCCUGUUAGAUUAUAUCCUGUUAGAUUCUAUCCUGUUAGAUCCUAUCAGAUCCUAUCCUGUUAGAUUCUAUCCUGUUAGAUUCUAUCCUGUUAGAUCCUAUCCUGUUAGGUCCUAUCAGAUCCUAUCCUGUUAGAUCCUAUCAGAUCCUAUCCUGUUAGAUUCUAUCCUGUUAGAUCCUAUCAGAUCCUAUCCUGUUAGAUCCUAUCAGAUCCUAUCCUGUUAGAUCCUAUCAGAUCCUAUCCUGUUAGAUCCUAUCCUGUUAGAUUCUAUCCUGUUAGAUACUGUCCUGUUAGAUUCUAUCCUGUUAGAUCCUAUCAGAUCCUAUCCUGUUAGAUCCUAUCAGAUUCUAUCCUGUUAGAUUCUAUCCUGUUAGAUCCUAUCAGAUCCUAUCCUGUUAGAUUCUAUCCUGUUAGAUUCUAUCCUGUUAGAUCCUAUCAGAUCCUAUCCUGUUAGAUUAUAUCCUGUCUGAUUCUAUCCUGUUAGAUUCUAUCCUGUUAGAUCCUAUCAGAUCCUAUCCUGUUAGAUUCUAUCCUGUUAGAUUCUAUCCUGUUAGAUUCUAUCCUGUUAGAUCCUAUCAGAUCCUAUCCUGUUAGAUUCUAUCCUGUUAGAUCCUAUCAGAUCCUAUCCUGUUAGAUUCUAUCCUGUUAGAUUCUAUCCUGUUAGAUUCUAUCCUGUUAGAUUCUAUCCUGUUAGAUUAUAUCUUGUUAGAUUAUAUCCUGUUAGAUCCUAUCAGAUCCUAUCCUGUUAGAUCCUAUCAGAUUAUAUCCUGUUAGUGUGACGUUCUGGCUCCGGGACUCUUUGUUUGUGAGCCAGGGUUGUCAUUUUCUUUUGGGUGUAUUUCUAUGUGGGAUUCUGGUUGUUCAUUUUCUAUGUUUGGUUUGGUUGUUUAUUGGGCAUGUGACUCCCAAUCGGAGGUAACGAGUGCCAGCUGUUCGGCUCGUUAUCUCUGAUUGGGAGCCAUAUUUAUUCUGUUUGUUUUCCUGUGGGGUUUGUGGGUUUUUGUUUCCUUGUUGCUGUCUGUAUCAGUAGUGGAACUUCACGUAUCGUAUUUUGUUGUUUUCUCGUGUUGCACUUUAAUUUAAUAAAGUCAUCAUGUUUAUCGGUACACGCGCUGCGCGUUGGUCUCAUCCUUCACACGAUCGUGACAGAAAAACCCACCAUACCAAGACCAAGCAGCGUGUACAGGAGCAAAGAGACUGGACAUGGGUGGAGGCGCCGGGUAAGGAGAUCGAGAGGCUGGCGAUGGCCCAGGUGGGCAAAUCGUGGUCCUGGGAGGACAUGCUCGGGGGCAAGGGACCUUGGGGGAAGAUCAAGGCCCUGGCAAGAGAGGAGCAUCGGCGGCAGCAGGUUUUUCGUCGGAAGGACGAGAGGCAACCCCAAGAAAUUUUUGGGGGGGGGCACAUGGCUUGGGCGGCUGGGCAGCAGGAAGCUGCCACAGGGAGUAUAGGUGAGAGGGCUAACGGAGUACGGGAGCCAUUGGCGAGAAGAGGCAGGGAUGUGUGUGUGGCACGGCGUGAAGGACUGAGGUGUGUUGCCAGUCCGGUCCGGCCCGUUCCUGAUCCUCGGUUGAGGCCAGUGGUGUGUGUUCCCGGUAUGGACCGGCCUGUUCCUACUCCACGCACCAGGGAUACGGUGCGCUUCGCCAGCUCAGCCCGGCCUGUUCCUACUCCACGCACCAGGGAUACGGUGCGCUUCGCCAGCCCAGCCCGGCCUGUUCCUACUCCACGCACCAGGGAUACGGUGCGCUUCACUAGCCCUGAGAUGCGUGUCCUCAGCCCGGGACCACCAGUUCCGGCACCACGCACUAGGACUUAUGUGCGUCCCCAGGGUCCUGCAUGCCCUGUUGCUUCUCCCCGCACUAGCCCUGAGAUGCGUGUCCUCAGCCCGGUACCUCCAGUUCCGGCACCACGCAUCAGGUCUACGGUGCGCCUCAGACGGCCAGAGUCUGCCGUCUGCCCAACGGCGCCUGAACUGCCCGUCUGCCCAACGGCGCUUGAACUGCCCGUCUGCCCAACGGCGCUUGAACUGCCCGUCUGCACAACGGCGCCUGAACUGCCCGUCUGCCCAACGCCGUCUGAACUGCCCGUCUGCCCAACGCCGUCUGAACUGCCCGUCUGCCCAACGCCGUCUGAACUGUCCGUCUGCCCAACGCCGUCUGAACUGCCCGUCUGUACUGAGCCUGCUAAGCCGCCCGUCUGCCAUGAGCCUUCAGAGCCGUCCGCCAGACCGGAGCCGCUAGAGCUCUUCGCCAGACAGGAUCAGCCAGAGCCUUCCGCCAGACAGGAUCAGCCAGAGCCUUCCGCCAGACAGGAUCAGCCAGAGCCUUCCGCCAGACAGGAUCAGCCAGAGCCUUCCGCCAGACAGGAGCAGCCAGAGCCUUCCGUCAGACCGGAUCAGCCAGAGCCUUCCGCCAGACAGGAGCAGCCAGAGCCUUCCGCCAGACGGGAUCAGCCAGAGCCUUCCGCCAGCCAUGAGUGGCCAGAUCUGUCAGCCAGCCAUGAGCCGCCAGAUCCGUCAGCCAGCCAUGAGCCGCCAGAUCCGUCAGCCAGCCAUGAGCAGCCAGAUCCGUCAGAGCCAGCCAGCCAGGAUCCGCCACGUAGUCCUGUGCUGCCCCUUAGUCCGGUGCUGUCCCUUAGCCGUGUGCUGCCUCUUAGUCCGGUGCUGCCCAUUUAUCCAGGUGGGUUUAAGUGGAGGGUGGUCAUUGGGAGGAGGUUAAGAAAGCGGGUAGGAACUAUAGUGGGGUGGUGGUCAAGCCCGGAGCCAGAACCGCCUCCGGGGAGCAACACCCACCCAGCCCUCCCCUAUUGUGGGGUUGUGAGGCGCGGUCGCAGUCCGCGCCUUUAGGGGGGGGUACUGUGACGUUCUGGCUCCGGGACUCUUUGUUUGUGAGCCAGGGUUGUCAUUUUCUUUUGGGUGUAUUUCUAUGUGGGAUUCUGGUUGUUCAUUUUCUAUGUUUGGUUUGGUUGUUUAUUGGGCAUGUGACUCCCAAUCGGAGGUAACGAGUGCCAGCUGUUCGGCUCGUUAUCUCUGAUUGGGAGCCAUAUUUAUUCUGUUUGUUUUCCUGUGGGGUUUGUGGGUUUUUGUUUCCUUGUUGCUGUCUGUAUCAGUAGUGGAACUUCACGUAUCGUAUUUUGUUGUUUUCUCGUGUUGCACUUUAAUUUAAUAAAGUCAUCAUGUUUAUCGGUACACGCGCUGCGCGUUGGUCUCAUCCUUCACACGAUCGUGACAGUUAGAUUCUAUCCUGUUAGAUCCUAUCAGAUCCUAUCCUGUUAGAUCCUAUCCUGUUAGAUCCUAUCCUGUUAGAUUAUAUCCUGUUAGAUUAUAUCCUGUUAGAUUCUAUCCUGUUAGAUUCUAUCCUGUUAGAUUCUAUCCUGUUAGAUUAUAUCCUGUUAGAUCCUAUCAGAUCCUAUCCUGUUAGAUCCUAUCCUGUUAGAUUCUAUCCUGUUAGAUCCUAUCCUGUUAGAUACUGUCCUGUUAGAUCCUAUCCUGUUAGAUUCUAUCCUGUUAGAUUCUAUCCUGUUAGAUACUGUCCUGUUAGAUUAUAUCCUGUUAGAUACUGUCCUGUUAGAUUCUAUCCUGUUAGAUUCUAUCCUGUUAGAUUCUAUCCUGUUAUAUCCUAUCAGAUCCUAUCCUGUUAGAUCCUAUCCUGUUAGAUUCUAUCCUGUUAGAUCCUAUCCUGUUAGAUACUGUCCUGUUAGAUUAUAUCCUGUUAGAUUCUAUCCUGUUAGAUUCUAUCCUGUUAGAUUCUAUCCUGUUAGUUACUGUCCUGUUAGAUUAUAUCCUGUUAGAUUCUAUCCUGUUAGAUUCUAUCCUGUUAGAUUCUAUCCUGUUAGAUUCUAUCCUGUUAGUUACUGUCCUGUUAGAUUAUAUCCUGUUAGAUUCUAUCCUGUUAGAUUCUAUCCUGUUAGAUUCUAUCCUGUUAGAUUCUAUCCUGUUAGAUUAUAUCCUGUUAGAUCCUAUCAGAUCCUAUCCUGUUAGAUUCUAUCCUGUUAGAUCCUAUCAGAUCCUAUCCUGUUAGAUUCUAUCCUGUUAGAUUCUAUCCUGUUAGAUACUGUCCUGUUAGAUUCUAUCCUGUUAGAUUCUAUCCUGUUAGAUUCUAUCCUGUUAUAUCCUAUCAGAUCCUAUCCUGUUAGAUCCUAUCCUGUUAGAUUCUAUCCUGUUAGAUCCUAUCCUGUUAGAUACUGUCCUGUUAGAUUAUAUCCUGUUAGAUUCUAUCCUGUUAGAUUCUAUCCUGUUAGAUUCUAUCCUGUUAGUUACUGUCCUGUUAGAUUAUAUCCUGUUAGAUUCUAUCCUGUUAGAUUCUAUCCUGUUAGAUUCUAUCCUGUUAGAUUCUAUCCUGUUAGAUCCUAUCCUGUUAGAUACUGUCCUGUUAGAUUCUAUCCUGUUAGAUUAUAUCCUGUUAGAUUCUAUCCUGUUAGAUUCUAUCCUGUUAGAUUAUAUCCUGUUAGAUCCUAUCAGAUCCUAUCCUGUUAGAUUCUAUCCUGUUAGAUCCUAUCAGAUCCUAUCCUGUUAGAUUCUAUCCUGUUAGAUUCUAUCCUGUUAGAUUCUAUCCUGUUAGAUUCUAUCCUAUCAGAUCCUAUCCUGUUAGAUUCUAUCCUGUUAGAUCCUAUCAGAUCCUAUCCUGUUAGAUCCUAUCCUGUUAGAUCCUAUCCUGUUAGAUUCUAUCCUGUUAGAUCCUAUCCUGUUAGAUCCGAUCAGAUCCUAUCAGAUUCUAUCCUGUUAGAUUCUAUCCUGUUAGAUUAUAUCCUGUUAGAUCCUAUCCUGUUAGAUUCUAUCCUGUCUGAUUCUAUCCUGUUAGAUUCUAUCCUGUUAGAUUCUAUCCUGUUAGAUCCUAUCCUGUUAGAUUCUAUCCUGUUAGAUCCUAUCCUGUUAGAUACUAUCCUGUUAGAUCCUGUCCUGUUAAAGACGAUCCUGUUAGAUCCUGUCCUGUUAGAUGUGAUCCUGUUACAGCCUAUUCGGCUUCUCUGCUUGACCACUGUUAGAUCCUAUCCUCUGUGACCACGUCCCAGCCAUGAUAAAAAUGUCAUAACACAUGGCCUCUUAUGUAUUAUUUCAUAGUCAUUCAUUAAUUCACUCACUCGUUGUUUCCCAGGCUGCAGGAGAGAUGGAGAUGGGUACUACUGGAUCACAGGCAGGAUAGACGACAUGAUCAACGUAUCAGGUCAAUUCUUUUCCACAGUUUUGCCACAGUGCUGCUGCUGCUGUGUUUUUUGGUGGUGUAGGUUGGAUUAUUGUAAAGCGCUUUUUGACACACGUCGCUUGUGAAAAGUGCUUUAUGAAUACAUUUGAUCUAUUAAUUAAUUGAAUGAGUGAUUGUGGCUCACUUAACCUAUUGAUUUUAACUAGUGGAGCAGAGAACCUGCGUCUCCAGCGAACUCUGUUCUGGGCUGUUUAGUAUUAGUGUUAACCCAAGCUGUUCUCUAUUAUUAGUGAAAACUCUGUACAGUCAGUAAUAAAACCCAUGUUUGUCGUCCUCCUCCAGGUCACCUGUUGAGUACAGCGGAGGUGGAGGCAUCUCUAACAGAGCAUGGAGCGGUGGCCGAGGCAGCAGUGGUCAGCAGACCCCACGCGGUCAAGGGGGAGUGUCUCUACUGUUUCGUUACUCUGAAGGACUGCAGAGAGUUCGACCGCGCUCUGGUGGAGGAACUCAAGAGACAAGGUAGGGCUUUCAGACGGAGGAAAAACUAGACAAAAAAACAAGAAUCAAAUUGAUUGAAAUUGAAGCCGAAUCUCUAUGUCCGUUAUUGCCUUGAAUUCCAGGUUUGUCCUUGUAGAAGGAAUGCAAGGUUACGGCAUCUGGCUUUGAGAUUAUGUCUAUUACCAUACUAUGACUAUCAGUUACAGUCGCUGUACCACCAGAGGGGUUUUCCCUGAUGGUAUUAUAUUUCACAUUAAAACGUUUUUCUUAUGUCUUGCAGUGAGAGAGAAGAUUGGUCCGAUCGCCACCCCAGACUUCAUCCAGAACGCUCCUGGACUUCCUAAAACACGCUCUGGUAGGUACACUGUUUACUUCACACGAUGAUUGACUUUUACAGACAUUUUAUAAUUGACCUUUUUUUAUUUAUGUUUCAUUUGACCAACAACGUCAUCCUCAGGUAAGAUCAUGAGGCGGGUCCUGAGGCAGAUUGCCCGGAACGAGAAGGAUCUAGGUGACCUUUCAACUCUGGCUGACCCUAAGGUCGUGGAAGUCCUGUUCAGCCAGCGGUGUGAGACAGCUGCUUGAGGGGCUGCAUGUCAACACUCUGUGUGGCGUCCUCUCCUCGUGUCCUCUCCUUCUCUCCUCUCCUUGUCUCCUCUCCUUC